AUGGCUCUUGAAUUGCGGGUGGGAAACAAAUACAGGCUUGGCCGAAAGAUCGGCAGCGGGUCCUUCGGCGACAUCUAUCUAGGCACCAACAUACAGACGGGCGAACAGGUUGCGAUCAAAUUGGAGAGUGUCAAGAGCAAACACCCUCAGCUUCAGUACGAGGCCAAGCUAUACAAAGUGCUGGGUGGCGGCAUCGGGUUUCCGUACGUGCGAUGGUUCGGGCAGGAGGGCGACUACAACGUGAUGGUGAUCGAUCUCCUCGGACCCUCGCUCGAGGACGUCUUCAACGUGUGCCACCGCAAGUUCUCCAUCAAGACCGUGCUCAUGGUCGCCGACCAAAUGAUUCGCCGCAUCGAGUACGUGCAUUCGAAGAACUUCAUCCACCGCGACAUCAAGCCCGACAACUUCCUCGUGGGCCUCGAGGCGAAGAGCAACCAGGUUAACCUCAUCGAUUUCGGUCUGGCGAAGAAGUACAGGGACUCGCGAUCGCACGUGCACAUCCCCUACCGGGAGAACAAGAACCUCACCGGCACGGCCCGCUACGCCAGCAUCAACACACAUCUCGGCAUCGAGCAAAGCCGAAGGGACGACCUGGAGGCCAUCGGCUACGUGCUGAUGUAUUUUGCGCGGGGCAACCUGCCCUGGCAGGGGCUCAAGGCCACCACCAAGAAGGAAAAGUACGAACGCAUCAGCGAGAAGAAGAUCACCACCUCCGUCGAGCAGCUCUGCAAGGGCUUCCCCGAGGGACAGCAGCACCCAAACACAACAGUCCCAGCGGAUGGCCCUGGCCAGGCGGGCCGAAGACCGACGCGACAGGACGGGGCGGAGGAACGGCGGGCGGGCAGGCGGCAUGCAGCGGGCGGCGAGCGACACGGACAAGCACGGGAAGCCCGGCGAGUCGCGGGGAGACAACGGGACCAUCAAGAAGGCCGCCGACAAGAACGCGCCGAGCGACGGCUCCACCCGCUCCACCUUCAUUCGCAUGGCCACCAUUGGGAGACCGCGUCGGAACCCGGAGGACGGCGAGAGGAAGAACCGCGCCGCGCAGAGAGGCAGUAG